UCCUCUUAAUUCCUUUCAGCUUUCACGCGGGCCGCGGCUCUCGGCUCUCCUCUCCUCUCACUCUCUCUGUCCUUUGGCUGCCUCCCUCAGUCCCUUCUGCUGGUGCGCUGCUGCCUGCUGCGAACGAAUCGAAGAUCCACUCCUCGAGAGCAUUAUGACCGGAUCUUCAGGCCUGGACUCAAAAUCGCCGACGUCCUUGGCGGAUGCUUAUGGAUCUGACACGGCCGGCGGAUCUGCGGAGUGCUGAGGCUGAGAAGAGGGCUUAGGUCCAGUGACCUUGGAUUCUUCGUCAGGAAAGUCGCAGCUGAAUGAGAUUCUGGGGCUCAACCAUCCGAAGGAGGGGUAGGUCGGGGGCAGUCCUCUAUAUAGGCAGAUCAUCUAAAUUAUUUUAGGAAAUAAAGAAGCAGAAGCAGAAGCAGAAGCAGAAGCAGCUGGGAUGUGUGAUUGGUUACAUUGAUAUCUAUUACCAGGAAGCUACAUGAGAAGUCUGAAAGUUAACGCGGUGGCGACGCGGUCAACAAGCUCCAUAUAUAUAUAUAUAUAUGCACUUGCUUAGGCCUAGCCACCAUUCAGUAGCUACUCUGCAUUCUCACGACUCCCUCCUCCCUCCUCCCUCCUCCUAUAUAGUUCCAUCACCUGGGAGUUAGCACUCGGCACACAGCUGCUGAAUUACUGCUUUUGAUUUUAAAUUCCUCCGGGCCAACCUCAGCAGCUCAAAGAUUUAACUACUGCAGCCUCCAGGAUGAAGCAAAAGGUUGUGAUCAAGAUCAGCGCCGACUUGAACGGCAAAAUCAAGCCCAAAGCCCUGAAGAUUGCAGUCUCCAUGUCUGGUAUCGAAUCAGUGGCUUUGCAAGGGGACAAUAAUGAUCAAAUUGUUCUUACUGGCAAUGGAAUUGAUGUAGUCAGCUUGACAACCAGAAUGAAGAAGAGACUAGGGUAUGCUGAACUACAGAGUGUGACCCCAAUUGAGGAAAAGAAGAAAGAGGAGAAAGAAAGUAGUCAAGUGACAAUGCAACCCACGAUUUGGCCAGCAUACCAAUUUGGCACUCCGCAUUAUUAUCCCUUGUGGACUUUAGAUUCUUCAUAAUCAUCAUAACCACCAUGAUAUUAAGGAAAAUGUGUCGUUUUCCAACAAAACGUUGAUGGUUUCAAUAAAAUCCUCGACAGUUGCUUCAACCGAUUAAGACAAAAUGUUUGUUGUGAGCAAACCGUCGACAGUUACGUAUGUUGCUGAAUUGUCAAAAAUCCUAAUAGUUGAAGAUUUGCUACUAUCUGAUUGUGUGUGGUGAUCUGGGAUCUUCGGUUGUAUUACUUGAAUAGAUGUUUGUAUUUGAUAGCCUAAAA